UAUAAUAUGUGGAAGGAUGAGGGGCGGGGUAUUUUUAUAAUGAAUGACGUGUUUUUCACUUAUUAACGUAUGUUUUACCUUAUCUUAUCUUUAGCAACUUUCACUUUUUUGUUUAUAACAAAUGAAUCAUUUGUUUUCUGAAAGUUUAAACUUUUAUCUGAUAUUUAUCUAUUUUUCCCCAAUUAUUCCACCAAAAUCGUAGUGGGGUUUGUAUUAUAAAGAGUGUUUUUUGUUCCGAGUCUUUACAGUUCUUCACCAGCUCUCAACUGUUCUCAAAAAAAGUAGUGUGUGAAGUUAAGCAUAAAAAUAUAUCUCAGUGAACCCGUAAUAGUUAUUAAAAACCUUCUGUUAAAGUGCUUAUGUGUUGUUCAAAGCAGUUAGGAGAAAAAAAUUUUAUUCUCGGCAAAAUGGAUUUCAUAAAAAUUAAUGGAACUACAACCUUGAAAGACAUCUUACCUAAAAAGCAAAUGGGUGAAUUAAAUGUCGAUGGCGAAUACCAGGGCACUAAAUUGAAACUGAUUAACACAAAAUUUGGUGACAGCAUUGUGGCAUCACUGGGCAAUCAGUUUUCUGUUUAUUUGCUAAAACGUGCUACUACAGCCAUUCGAGACGAUUCAACACUUUUACCAUCAUUGAAUCAAAUUGUUGAAGAACAAAACUUAUUUAUUAGAUAUCUUGGUGGGAAAAAUAAUAAAUUUGAAUUCCUUGUAAAAGAGCAGAACUAAUGUCACAA